AUGGAUUAAUUAUCAAAGGAGAUUGUCUUAGUUAACAAAGACAUUUACAACUAACUAUAUGAUACGCAAUCAUACAAAAAAUUGGAGUAGUUAAAAAAAAUGAACCUCUAACCAUCUCCAAUAAAUGUUGCAAAAGAUCUACUAAGUGCGAGAGAAAACCCAAAAGAAUAUGCAAAACAACAUAAAUUAGAUUUCAAGUUUAGAUAAACAUAAUUUUGGUAACCAUCUAUUAAGGAUCCUAUGUCAAAUUAAUAAAGCUAAUAAUAAUAACAAUAACAAGGAUAGUAAUAAGAUUAAUAGUAACUGAUAGAUACAACUAAUGCAAUAUCAUUUAUUGAGAGUUCAAAAACUGAAGAAUCAUAAAUUUAACAAUCUUCAUAGUCAACAAGAAGGAAAAUACUGGUUAAAUAGAGACUCUCAAAAUAACCAAGUGACUCAUCCAUAUGGAAGAAGCCUCUAAAGUAAAUAAAUAAAAUUAUGUUAUAAUUCAAACAGGAUAGCAAAGCAGAAUAUUUAGCCAUUAUAAAAUAUGAAGAUGCAAGUAAUUAACUUGAAUAGAAGUCAAUGGAUAAUACUAAAAAAAUUUAAUGGGAUUGUUAGGUGAAAUUUGAAAUAACAGAAGAUUAAAAUUUGUAUAUCAUUAUUGUACAAUAAUAAUAAGGAAAGAUAGGAUAGUAAAAUGUAUUAUAAUAAGCAAUAAAUAUAUAAAAUGUUGAAAAAUAGUUUCAAUAAGAGGUAUAAUUAAAGUAUUUAAAAAACUCUAUUAACGCUACUUUAUUAGUUGAAUUCAAUUGA